UUCACGACUCUGGACCAAUCAUGUGUCGGAAAGAUGGGCGGGACUACAUGACGUUGGCGCCAUAGCUUUUCCUGGUUGUUUGCUAACAGAAAUGUUUCGUUAGCGCUCUGCCGACAUGUUGUAUUUGUAUGGUAUCUCUUUUAAAUAAGUGUUGAGAAUGAAGCCGCUUCGUCUUUGACUCCCAAGGUACCGGGCUGGCCUAUGGUGGUGUGGCUCUGUGUGGCCGCCGGCAAGCAGUGCGGCCUGUGGCUGCCGCGAAGUCAACUUGUUUGCUGUCAAAUCAUGUUUGUUUUCCCGAAGAUGGCGGACACUGUGAACUAAAUGACCGUCAGAAACAUCGCCUCCAUUUGUAAUAUGGGCAUCAAUGCCUCCGCUUUGGAGAAAGACAUUGGCCCGGAGCAGUUCCCCAUCAAUGAACACUACUUUGGAUUGGUCAACUUUGGAAACACGUGCUAUUGCAACUCGGUGCUCCAGGCGCUCUACUUCUGCAGGCCCUUCCGUGAGAACGUCCUGGGCUACAAGGCGCAGCAGAAGAAAAAGGAGAACCUUCUCACCUGCCUGGCUGACCUCUUCCACUCCAUCGCCACGCAGAAGAAGAAGGUGGGCGUCAUCCCGCCCAAGAAGUUCAUCUCUCGUCUGCGUAAGGAGAACGAUCUGUUUGAUAACUACAUGCAGCAGGACGCCCACGAGUUCCUCAACUACCUGCUGAACACGGUGGCCGACAUCCUGCAGGAGGAGAAGAAGCAAGAGAAGCAGAAUGGGCGCCUGAAGAACAAUGGUGCUGUCGCCACCACGGAAACGGAGGCGGAGCACAAGACGGAGCCCACCUGGGUCCAUGACAUCUUCCAAGGCACGCUCACUAACGAGACUCGCUGCCUCAACUGUGAAACAGUGAGCAGCAAGGAUGAAGAUUUUCUAGAUCUUUCCGUGGACGUGGAGCAGAAUACGUCAAUAACACACUGUCUCAGGGACUUCAGCAACACAGAGACUCUGUGCAGCGAGCACAAGUACUACUGCGAGACCUGCUGCAGCAAGCAGGAGGCUCAGAAACGCAUGCGUGUGAAGAAGCUGCCCAUGAUCUUAGCGCUGCACCUGAAGAGGUUCAAGUACAUGGAGCAGCUUCAUCGCUACACCAAGCUGUCCUAUCGAGUGGUCUUCCCUCUGGAGCUCCGCCUCUUCAACACGUCCGGGGAUGCUGUCAACCUGGAUCGCAUGUAUGACCUGGUAGCUGUGGUGGUCCACUGUGGCAGCGGUCCAAACCGAGGUCAUUACAUCACCAUCGUGAAGAGUCACGGCUUCUGGCUGCUGUUUGACGAUGACAUCGUGGAGAAAAUAGAAGCCCACGCCAUCGAGGAGUUCUACGGGCUUACCUCAGACAUCUCCAAGAACUCCGAGUCGGGAUACAUCCUCUUCUACCAGUCCAGGGAAUGAGCAGGACUCAAAUCCACUUCCCUCCCAAGCUGACAAGUGUGUGCCAACCACUACUUGACUUUACUGUCUGGGCUGCACUUUAUCCCACAAACUCUCAUUCUGCAUCCUUUUAUUUCAUUCCUCUCACUUUCUAUGCACACUUUUUGUUUCAUGACUUCUUUCUGGUUUGAAGGGUCUCCAUUUUAGCGACUACCUAACGGCACAAUCACUGUGAUGGCACCUUCUAACCUGCAGACGUUAAACCUUCUGUCGCCUUUUUUCUCUAUUUAUUGAACUUAUUUAUUGCUCUCACUUCUAGCGCUGUCCCCAUUAAUUGCUGCACAUCUUUUCCUAUUUUAAGCGCAACAUAUUCUAGCAUUUAAACAUAGAAUCAAUAUAUUAGGAUCUGCUACUUUUGCACCUGUCUCUAAGGUCCUCUGAAAUUUGCAGCUACUGUCACUAUUUGCACUUUGAUCUUAUUAAUAACUACCCUCCCUCUCAAAAGACCAUUUUGUGGACAUUCUGAGGACAAAAUCACUAUGAAAAGAACUCGGGCUGUCAAAAUGAAUGAUAACUCAUAUGAUUAAUUACAAGAAAUUAUCACACUUGGAUUAACAAUUAAAUUUAUUUUGAGCAUACAAGUUCUUUUAUACGGAGCGUGAUCAGAUCAAUGCAGACGUCAAAAAUGAAGAGAAUCCGAUCGGUGUGCUCACUGGUAAAUCUCACUUAAAUACAGCCAGAAAAAAGGUACAACUGUUACCAAGUGAUGUGCAAAUACUUGACACAAUGUGCAGGCCAAAAGUUUGGACACACCUUCUCAUUCUAUGUGUUUUCUUUAUUUUCAUGACUACCGUAUUUCCUUGAAUUGCCGCCGGGGCGCUAAUUAAUUUAAAACCUCGUCUCACUCCUGCGCUUACCAAAGGCAUGCGGUAAAAGUAAGCAUGCGCUAAUUAUUUUAAAACCUCUCUUCUCAGUCCGGAACUUACCAGAGGCAUGCAGUAAAAAUUUGAGUGUGAUGUAAGCUUGGACCUUAAAUCCUACUGAAUAGCUCUUAAUCCUCUUCCCUUUAUGCGAUUUCAAAUUACCGGUAUUGAAAUCAGCCGCCUUAUUUUGAAAAUGAUGACAGGGGAAGUGUCACUCAGGACGUCACGAGUUUGACCAGGCGGUAAUACUAAGCCUGCGCUAAUUAUUUUGCAAAGCAAGUUUGACCCGGCAGUAAUUCAAGGCAGGCGCAUAUAUAUGCCCUGCGGCAAUUCAAGGAAUUACAGUAUUUACAUUUUAGAUUGUCACUGAAGGCAUCAAAACUAUGAAUGUUGAGUUAUGUACUUAACAAAAAAAGGUGAAAUAACUAAGUCACCUGAAAGGGUUUUCACUUUACAGGUGUCACUUUUGAUGCCUUCAGUAACAAUCUACAAUGUAAAUAGUCAUGAAAAUAAAGAAAACACAUAGAAUGACAAGGUGUGUACAAACUUUUGGCCUGUACUGUAUAGCCAAGUAAAAUGUUUCUGGAUUACAUUCUGACUCUGAACUUGCAUUUAUGUACAAAUAUUGUGGUCUUUUCUGAAACACAUUUUAACUUUGAAAGCGAGUAAUCACCCUUGAUAAAUCAUGGUUAACACAAAUUGUCAAAUGUGAUUUAAUUUGAUUUAAAAAAUAUAUAUCAUGCGACAGCCCUGAAAACACUAUUUUUUUCUCUAAUCGCUAUGACAUGAAAUUUCAUGACACAUUUAGUUUUUUUACUAACAUUUUAAGAAUCAGUUUGACACCACCUGUUGAUUUGCGUGUAUAAUCAUCUCUAAAGACCAACUGUCAUUUCUUACAUAUUAGGGGAAAAAAAUACAGUCUCAAUGAAUUUGUACCAAGACGUUCUCUUGAAGGUCAGCAGAAAUCCACAAGUUCAAAGCGCGUCGUUACGAAAAAAAACGUCACCUUUUUAUUUGUAGAGAAGUUAGUACAAAGUAGUGCAAUACUAUUGAAGUGGAGUUUUAUUUUCCGUUGAGAUAUUUUUUCAUGUUGAAUUUAGUGACACCCCUUUUGUACCUUGUCUAUCACUUCUGACCUUUUCAUGUCAACUACAUUUGUCUUCCAUGUUGUUUUUAAUCUCUCUAUCUCUAAUGAGCUGACCCAUGCUAAAUACUUCUGUUAAUCAAUUGAGUUAAUUCCUUGCGUCAAACUGGAAAUUAGCAUUUCAAUUGUGUCCUGUUUGUGAGUAGUAGGACUCCUGUUUGUGUGUGUGGUUUUAACAGAAGUGUCCUACUGUCCUCAAUGACUCGUAGCAAAAGUGCCAAACUGGAGUUGAUAUGGAACCUGUAAUAAUAUGUUUAAAGCUCUUUGUACAUAAAGGUAGGAAAAAACGUCUAUGAAAAUACAUACAAUUUUUUUUAAAAUGUCAAAAAUUGUAUUUUGCUUCUAACUGUUAAUAGCAGAUACUGUUGCCUGAUUGGCAGAGUGGACGGUAGCGAGGGAAUAAAGACGCAGGCAAUGUCUUCCAA